AUGGCUGUCAUGCCCUUCGCACACGAUGAGAUGCGCCGCGCUUUUGCCGACCAAGGGACUGCCCGUACAUUUCGCUGCUUGCAAACCUCAACCACUACGCCCACUGAUUUCCGAGUGACGUUGAAAUAUCUCAACAAAGGUGCCGCAAACGUCAUCUUCCAAAUCCACGCCUGGCAACAUGCUUCUUCCGCAACCUCCUUUCUGUUCGCCGAGUUACGACAGGAGGACGACCCGUCUCAGAUGGCCACACCGCUUCAUCGUCAGCACUUUAUGCACCGCGUCGUCCGCGUUCCGAGAGGUGGCGCCAAGCACCUGACCUCGACUGAAAUCAUCCACGGCUUUGAGCACGCCAUUCGUCCGCUUUUUCUCCCAGGCACUUAUGAGACCGUUGGCAACCUAAAUGUACCGUCAACUAGCACAGUCCAGCUUACCCAGGAUCUGACCAAGCAUCUGAUGUACCAUGAGGGUGUGUUGUUGCUACCAGAAGUAAUGCAGCACCUGUACAACAGCGCGGAAACCGGAACUUUUACCAGCACAAAGCCCCGUACACUAUGGGGGAUUCUGUUACCAGACAUGUCACCCAUCCCGGGACAGUCGAUAACGCUCGAAGUAAAGCCCAAAUGGCUCGCCCAAUCACCCAAUGCACCUUCAAAAGCGCUACGCUGCCGCACAUGUGCAAUGCAAGUUUCGGUCCCCAAGAACAGGGAUGCGUACGUCUGCCCACUCCAGCUGCUUCACGGGAACGCAGCUAUACUCCGUCCAUGGGCACGCACAACCAUUGCACGCCAAUUCCCUGCCAGCGACCGUAACCCGUCCUCUCAAACCGUGCUUGCAGCCAUGACUGAAGGUCUCCUGUCCUAUUUGACAGCCGGUGAAGGCUCCACUCUACUAAGACAUCUAUUGAAAUUGCAAAGUACACUCGACCCCUUCGGUGUGCUUUGCCGGCCACGCGAUAGUUUCCAGGGCGCUGCGCUAUUCGAACAUAACCUUCGUUUGGCAAUGACGCUCAGGGACUGUUCGCUCUUCAUCAAGAUGUCGUACUCCCCAAAAGGACUUGUUAGUAUCGAGUCGAAACUCGGGGAUCUUGAUUUCAAAUCUGCGGUGAAGAUGGUGGAUUGGUCGGAGAAGGAGAGACAGUUACUGGACGAGGGAUCUUAUGUUGUUAAGGAGGGCCCGAGAUGUUGGUUUCAGACACAGAGGUAA